CAAUCUUCGAACUUUACACACGUGCUUGUCAGUCCCCUAUAUGUGUGUACCAAAUUUUGUGGUGAUUUGUGAGGUCUUAGAAUGGCCCUCGGACUUGCACCGUAAUUACAUGUAACUUUCAAAAGAUUACCAUUUAAAAGAUGUGUUGAGCUAUUCAAAUUGUUAUUGUUGGUUUAUUGCAACUGCUGCAAGUUCAUUUGAACUACGCCAUAACUUUAAAAUAAUCAAACAUUAAAUGAAGUAAACUAUAUAACAUUUGUUUUGCAUAUUUUGUGUUUUACAUUAAAUUAAGCAAUGUUUCGCCUUUUUCAGAAGCUGUUAUUGAAGAAUUCAAUCACAUGCUAAAUUAGUCGUUAUGGCCCCAUUUAAUUAAUAUCUUUUUGUGUAAAUAAAGCUUUCAGUUCCUUUGUGGUUUUACCUUGAUUUUAAAUUUGCAUGGCGAACCAGAUCUAAUGUGCUUGCAGGCUUUUUUGGGCACAUCGGCCGCAAGAUUCUCAACCCAGUACUAUGGGGACGUAUUAAUAUAUUAAAAUAAAAAACCAUAUCACACCAAGGUGUGAAUGCCUAUAGUGACGUCAUGUGUACAGGGAAUGCGGUCAUGGAACUGCAUUCUUUCCCCCCUCCUUCCCGACUGUGAGAAGACAUUACACAGGAAGAAGGAGGGGAAAAAAAGAGACUGGACGCCCUCCUCCUCUUCCUCCCUCCCGUGUGGGCGAAUAACGGUGCUUGAGAAGUUAUUGCAGACAGACAAUAGCAGCUACACAUACAUUUAUAUAGCGCGCUUAACAUCCAGGCUGGGUUGUUCCACAAUGGAGGAUUUGGGAGUGCCUGAGCCACUUAACUACCCUCUCAAUCCUCGUAUUGUUGUCUUUGACGCCCUCCUCGCAGAUUUGGAGAACACAGGAUCUCCUCUUGCCCGGUGUCCCGUCCUCCUUACAUCCGAGCCGCCACUGCACGCCGAUCCGGCUGAACAGAACCCCUCAGAGGCCCGGCCACCGCCACCAGCCUACACCCCGCAGCAGACUGUUUCUGCAGCAAUGAAGUCCUCCCAAAACUCCAACCCAGACAAACUAUACAGCACAGUGUGUAAAUCACGCUCUCCCCGCUCAGCUGAUCCUCCUGCUCCAGCUUCUCCCCCAGCCUUCUCCUCUUCCUCGUUGUUGGGGGGAGGUCUGAGUGAACUGGACCAUCUUCUGCAGGAGCUGAAUGCAACCCAGUUCAACAUCACAGAUGAAAUCUUGGCACAGUUCCCUACUUCUAAGAAGGAUGACAAGAUAAAGGAUAAAGACUCCAACUCUGCAAAGCCGUCGGCAACGUCUGCGACACUGGAGUUGGACAAACUGAUGGCUUCGCUGUCCGACUUCCGGGUUCAGAGCACACCAGCUGUCAGUCCAGUCAUCACAGCAACAGCGACAACAGCAGUUGUACCACAGCAGCCAGCGGUCCCUCCACAGCCUUCGUCAGGCGGCUCAUUGGACAGCAUGCUGGGGCUCCUCCAAUCAGAUUUGACAAGACAAGGAGUUCAAACUUCCUCCAAAGGAAACUGUUCAGCCUGUCAGAAGCCAGUCGUGGGACAGGUGGUGACAGCUCUGGGGAAGGUGUGGCAUCCUGAGCACUUUGUGUGCACAGAAUGUGAGGCAGAGCUGGGCAGUCGCAACUUCUUUGAGAAGGAUGGCCGGCCGUACUGCGAGUCUGACUAUUUCACACUCUUCUCCCCUCACUGUGCGCAUUGCAACAAGCCCAUACUCAGUAAAAUGGUGACAGCUCUGGAUAAGAACUGGCACCCUGAGUGUUUCUGCUGCGUCAAAUGCAGCCGCAGCUUUGGCGAGGAAGGGUUUCAUGACCGUGAGGGCCAGCAGUACUGCCAGCAGUGUUUUCUGACGCUGUUUGCCUCCCGGUGUCAAGGCUGCAGCCAGCCUAUCCUCGAAAACUAUAUCUCAGCUCUCAACUCUCUCUGGCAUCCACAGUGCUUUGUAUGCAGGGAAUGCUACAGUCCCUUCGUCAACGGCAGCUUCUUUGAGCAUGAGGGCAAGCCGCUGUGCGAGGCCCACUACCAUCAGUCGCGAGGCAGCGUGUGUCAGGCCUGCCAGCAGCCCAUCCUGGGCCGCUGUGUCACCGCCAUGGGCGCCAAGUUCCACCCACACCACCUGGUGUGCCACUUCUGCUUGAAACCUCUGAGCAAAGGCUGCUUCAAGGAACAGGAGAACAAGCCCUACUGCCACCCAUGCUUCAUCAAACUCUUUGGUUAAGGACAUGAUCCUCCACCAAGUGAAGAAGCAUUUUUACAUUUUUAUACUGUGGAAAUGAGGGUGGUCUCUUUAUACUGAAAGCGAUUAAACUGCUCCUAAUCAUUUCUUUUUUUGCAAAUAAAGUGGACUGCAUUAAGGUUGUCAGUUUGAACUACAACUGAAUUAGGCAAGCCAAAUGUUAUUUUUUACAUAAUGUACUGAUUCAAAUGGAAUUUAUUGCGGAAGAUAGAAAAAACGAAAAUAAUAUAACACAUACAUGCCCUUUAUAUUCAUGAAUUUCUGAUUAUUUUUUAUUUGCAAAGGAAUAUCCAAGAGACGAGUUGUUUUUCAUCGCAGAAAAAUAAGCAUUACUGCAGCUGCCUUCACAUUGUCAACCACUGGCAUAUAUACAGUAUGAUCAGUAGGACUAAUUAAUAUCGUUCUUUCACAAAUGCUGUAUGCACUUUGCCAAAAACUCUUGCAAAUUAUAAAUAAAUACAUUUUUUAUGCUGUA